GGCUUCAUGAGAAGCUUGCAGACGGGGUGCCUCGGCUUGAAACCAUGUAUGCCCACACAGAGGUUGCGAUUAAAUCCCCACCUUUAAAUCCUCGCCCUCGAAUAUCUUUUGCAAACCCGUCGCUCCAAUGAGCAAACAUACAUACCACCUGUGCUGCCUAUAUAUAAACCGAUCCCGGACCGCACGAGCAAACAGAAGGUGCCUUUCAGAUGAAGGGCGAUCCGUGAGCCGAGAACCGGAAUGCGGAGUCGCCGGCUUGCUAAACUUUGCCUAUCCUUUCGCAUACCUUACUGGAUAGAUAAGGAUAUGAUGGGCGAAUGUUGCUCUUCACAUUCAGCAUGGGAAGGCUAGGCCAGUCUUCAUACUUGCUGUUACCUCACAUACCUUUUGUCUAGUUUGCACAUUCUCGCCGGUCCCGCUAUGAAGUCCACGAUAUCUGUACUUAUUGAAGAGCUGGGCUCGCUGCAGGUCUCCAAGACUACUAAUAUACAUCACCCAUCACCAGAGGGUGUACCUUUUGCUCCUGCAUCGGCGCCUGGCCUGUCCGAUGGAGAAAUAUGCCUGGAUGAUGUCCCUCGCUUUCUGUACCGGACCUACUCGCCCAAGUCGCAAGGCCGAAACGAUGACAUGUGGGUGGCCUCCAAGGAUGCAGCAGAGCGGCCGGCCGCUGCCACAAACCGGACCGACAUCCUCGUCCGCGGUGGCGCCAAGGUGGCCGCGGACUUAAAUCGACACGCACGGUGGUGGCCCAGGACUCGGGCCGGGGCACGACGAACGGAAAAGUGCAAUCUUGUAUCGUGGACGAGCUCGCUUCUCUACGCACUACGGAUGAUAUACUUUCGACACCGAAGCAGCCGGGACGGCUCCAAGCUAGAAGACAUUUGGCUCCAUGUGGUUGACACAAGCAAGUUCCCGAGCGGCACCUUUGUCCGAGACGCCUAUCUCUACGCUCGCUACGCAGAAUUUGACGCAGGGCCCGGGGAUACGCUGGGAGACUUGAAUGAGACCCAGUCCUCUAGCGAGUUUUACUUUGGCGAGUACUUCUCCCAGGGCGCCCUCAAAGUCCAAGACAAAGGCUGCGCAGUCUCUGCCAAGGAGAUGGAGCAGGCAGGGCUGCUGAAACUGGGCCUGGCUCUCAAUCACGGUAUGGGCCUGGCAAACUGGGUGGUUCUCAAGAGGCAAAGAUGGCUUCGCAGCUCAGGACGUGACAUGCCUACCCAAGAGUUGGACGUUGCCGUCAAUAUCGCCUUGCUUUUUGACGACUAUGAACUUCCCAUGGCGGCUGCAUUUUUGUCUCUAAGGGCGUGGACAAGAAAUCAAAUCAAGACCAUCCUCAGUCGGCUGUGCUCCAUCACUGUCCGGAGCAAGCAAGACGUUACUGAACUCCUUGAUGUGUCUCCUAAGAUGGAGGGUUCUUACAGACAUCGGGAUGACAAGAUGCCAGAGCUCAAGCAAUUUGAGAAGAUCAUGUCAAUGGUUGCGCUCCAGCUGCCGGCUCUUUACGCCAAGAGACUAAUUGACUUCACAUCCCAGAGUCUCUCCUCUCUGGAACAAAACAUUGCCGCGGAUGGCAUGGCUUCAGAACCGACCGAUAUUGCAACACUGCCCUCGGAAGAGUGGUUGCAAGAAAAGAUCACAAAAGAUGAUCUAGAGACUAUCUUCCUUCGCGAAGUGCUGAAGUUGGGCGAGGGACUGAGGAAUCUUAGGGAAAAGUACGAGCGGGACGUUGCGCGGGUGCCCGAAUAGACCCUCUUACAGGGAUAAACACCUAUGGGAAUAUGCUUCUAGAGUGCUUUGUUUGUCCUCUCUUGUACCAAGCAAAACAUGCACCCUCAAACGACCGUUGCAGAAACACAAGCGCAUUGAACAAGGCUACAUCCUGACACAUUUCGG